GGCGCCGGCUCGUCCGGCAGUGGAACGAGACGGUGAACACGGCUGCGUCGGAGGUCAGAGCCCAGCGGUGCGACGCGAUGGAGCUGCUGUCCGAGCAGAUCGAAAGCAACAUGACACUUCUCCAGAAGCUGUCUUAUUAUGUCGCCCAGGCCGAGAAGCUGAACGAGGGCCAUAGCAGAACGCAGAACACAUACGCCCAGCUGCUGAACAUGACAGAAAUGAAGCGGAAGGAACUGCUCAUGUACCGCACCAUGCUGCUCGACACGUCUAAGGCGGGCGAGCAGAUGAGGACAGAGACAGUGAAGAUGCGCCACAGCAUAGUGCAGAUGAUACGGGCCGCGUCACUGGAGCAGCUGCUGGAGGAGCAGUUUGUGCAGGAUUCGGAAGUGCAAAUCAUUCACCUUCAGGACGUGGUUACGCAAACUAAAAACAAAAUUGAGAAAAUCAAAAGUGAGCGGAAGCGCCAUGUGCUGCGCAAGAACAAGGCGGUGCAGCUGGAGCGGCGCCUGCGCCAGCGCACCGAUCACGUCGUGGUUGAGCUGCGCCGCCUGGAGGUGCUCCAGACCGACGCCGAGCAGAGCAUGGAGGACCGCACCAGGUCGCACGGGACGCUGGUGCGCCACCGGUCCGGUGUGAGCGAGCACGUGCAGACAAUGCGCACAGAGGUGCGACGGGUGCAGGACCUGCUGGACGAGCACCGACUAGAGCAGCUUGAGAUGGAGGCGGAGGCAGCUGAGGUGGACAUCAGCCCGCUCCUGCAGGAGUUGCAGACCCUUGAAAAAGAGUUGGAGGUGACGACCGAGCGCGAACGUCAGAGUCGCCGCCGGUACCACGAGCUGCGUCGCAGACGUCACUCGAUGACGUCACAGCGCGACUGGGUGCACGCCGAGAUGACCGAGUUUCUGGAGACGGUCAACGAUGCCCACAUCGACCUGGCUAACAUCGACGGCGACCGCGAGACGGUGAUGAGUGUGCUGAAGGAGCAGAUGGAGAUGGCUGACGAUUUGCUGGAGGCGUCGCGGGAGAAGUGGGCCGAGAUCCAGGACGUACACGGACAAGUUCAAGCCGACCUGGACCAGGUCCGGGAAAAGAUCCAGGCGAUGGAGCAGGAGCUGACUGCUCGAGGCGAGGAGACGAAGCGGAUCGUCUCUGAGACGCACGCAGAGCUGGAGCGUGCGGUGGAGGUGCAGCAGGCGCUCUCGGAGAACACGGAGGAGGAAGCGAACGUGCUAGACCAUCUCAAUGUCGUGGUGGCCGAGAUCAAGGACGGCAGCAAGCCGGCUCUGCAGCAGAUCAGGGCGCAGCUGGCCGAGCUGGCAGCGCAGUCGGACGAGAUGCACGCGCUGCGUGGUCGGUUGGCAAAGAGGCUGACCCAGCAGAAGACGGAGACGGCCGUCCGGGGACGCGAGGCGGCCGCGCUGCAGCAGGAAGUGGACGACAUGCGACAGCAGCAUGGGCAGCAGCUUCAGACGGCCGUCGACCUGCAGAAGUUGAAGCGGGAGCAGGCGCGCGAUAUCGCGGAGCGGAACCGCUGGCUGCAGACGUUGCAGGCGUCCUUCAGCGAGCUCACCCGCCGCCUGUCGGCCGAGCAGCUGGAGCAGGAGCAGCUCAUCACGCGGCUGCGCACCUGGUGCCGCCAGGUGGCGCUUUGCAACGGCGGCUACCAGAUCGAGAUCGCGCGAAUGAAAAAUGAGAUGAAGAACAUUUACGACAAGAUGGAGUUGGCAGUACUGAAGGACGUGGAGUACAGUACUAAUGCGAUAGCCCGGGCCGAGAAGGAGCUGAAACAUCUUACCGAACUUCAUAAUCAGAAACACGCUGCCUCUAUGGACCGGGACUGGCAGUUGCGCGCGGCUCUGCUGGCCUCCUCGCAAGCGGCCGACCACUCCCUGCAGCCCGUCCACAAGACUAUGACGGGCCUCGACCUGGAGCGGCGCAAGCUCGUCCGCAUGGUGCAGGCUGCCGUCAAUAUGAGGCCAUUCGGCAAGGUCCAGGUGGACAUCGAGCAGCCCAUCUGCCCGCUGCCCGAGCAGGACGAGUGACGUCACUUGCCCGUCUACCGUCCGAGCAGGUCGAGUGACGUCAUUUGCCUCCCAGUGCCCGAGCAGGACGAGUAACGUCACUGACCUGUCCUCUGCCUGAGACGGACGGGAAGCGUCACAUGAGCGACUCGUCUGUCCGCUGCCUCACCGAGCCAGCGGGGCUAAUGACGUCAGGCGGGUCCAGGGCCAGGCGGAGGAGCCCGUUGUUGAGGCACCAGAGUCGGACAGUUCCAACACCGCCCAUGAACCAUGAACCACCAUUAUGUAUCGGCUGUCGAUAAGCGUCUGCAGUUGUCGGGCACCAGACGGCCAGUGGAGGAUCCGGUUGUCCGCCGUCGUUAAUACGCUAGUACAAGUUGUAGCGUGUGGUGCUGAUACAGUCAUUGUCAGCGUGCCGUUCACAGGCAGCGACGCUGAUAUGCAGGUCAGCGCCAUUUUUAACUUUUACGAACCACUCGUUGGCCCGUCUCCUUCGGUUCGCCGAAUUAGUCAGGCCCACACUGGUUACCUCAGGGUUUGAUUCUGGUGAGUCAAGGACUGCAUACGUAGUCAGUACCACGUGUUUCCGGCAUUCGCUCGCUGAGGCCUCGAGGACUCCCACGGUACUCACAAAAUACUGCUCGAGAUGUGGGGUCGAGCUGUUCGCUGUUAAAGGUCUUGAUGCCCGCAUGUUUCACUCAUGACCAGACACCACGAGUCCUACGAUUUCUUGGGCUCGUCCGAAUGAUGCGUUACCAAGCGUGUGAUGUUACGUCUGCCGGACAGAUUCACAUUGCAGCUGAACUCAAUCGCCUCAAAGACCUAA